AUCAUGGGUACCGGUUUGUUAUCAUGGCGGCGAAUUUGUUUCGAAAAUUUUUUUGAACUAAACGAGUCAAUUUUACCGUAAUGACAGAUUUUUGAAACUGUCGUGAACGAAGUUGAUGUUCAACGCUAGUGGAGUAUAAUUAACGAAAUCGUUUAGAGAAUUAACUCUUCAUCAAAACUUCAAUCGGACCAAGCCGAGUUCAUUUGAGCGAUGGAUUAUGCCGCAAGUAACAGCUCCGAACUCAAGGUUUUUUUCGCGAAGUCUCGAUCGCCUACACGUCGCUCAACUGAAGAGGCCGACAGGCUAACAGAGGACAUACUUCAGCCUCUAGUCGCUGGAGAUGAAUUUGAAGAAGAAGAGUUCGAAGGUUCAGGGGAAAUAACUUAUACACUAUCUGAAGCAGUGGAGAAGAUUGGCUUUGGAAAAUUUCAAAUUAAAAUGUUGUUAAUAGUUGGCUUUUUCACAAUUGCUGAUGCCUUGGAAAUGAUGCUACUCUCUAUUCUUGGGCCAACAAUACGUUGUAUAUGGCACCUUCCAGCUUGGAAAGAGGCCAUGGUUACAACUGUUGUUUUUGUUGGAAUGAUGUUUGGUUCAUCUUUCUGGGGAUGGCUGGCAGAUAGAUAUGGACGGAAAACUGUAAUUGUUAUCUGUGCCACCUGGAUAUUUUAUUUUGGAUUUAUCAGCUCUUUUUCUCCUCAUUACUACUGGAUCAUUGCUCUACGUUGUUUGGUUGGUUUCGGAAUUGGUGGUGCACCAUUAUCGACAACUCUCCUUGCUGAGUUUCUUCCUUCCAGUGCUCGGUCAUACUGCAUUUUAUCAUUAUCAUUUUUCUGGUCGAUAGGAUCAUGUUUUACAGUUGGAAUUGCUAUGGCAGUGAUGCCAACAUUGGGCUGGAGGUGGUUGUUAGGAAUUUUGUCUUUACCUCUUCUGUGCUUUAUUUUGAUGAGUUUUUGGCUUCCAGAGUCCGUUAGAUAUUUAGUAACUGCUGGUGAAAAAGAGAAGGCAUUGAUAAUGCUCCAGAAGGCAGCAAGAACAAACAAGAAAGAAUUGCCCUGUGGAUAUCUCCAAGAUGCAGGCGAGAAUGGAAAACAAGGAAGAAUUGCAGACUUGUUUAGCCCAGAAUACAGAAAAACAACAAUUCUACUAUGGUUCAUAUGGGUUAAUUUGGCCUUCACAUAUUAUGGGAUAGUAUUAAUGACCACGGAAAUGUACCAAGGGCUAAAUGAAUCUGAAGAAUCUGGUGGUGGAAGCUGUAACGCCGACAGUAAUUCAGUGAAGAAUCCUGAUUGCGGAUGUCAGCUUCUUACUGUAACAGACUACACAGACAUGAUGUGGACAACACUCGCUGAGUUUCCAGGUAUCAUUGUAACCAUGCUUUGUAUAGAGAAACUUGGAAGAAAGAAAACAAUGGCCGUACAAUUCCUUCUUACUGCAAUGUGUUACUUUUUACUUUUCAUCUGUUCUGGAAGAACUCUGAUGACUGUGUUUAUAUUUGGGGUCAGAGGAUUUAUAUCAGGGGCUUUUCAAGGAUUUUAUGUCUACACACCAGAGGUUUAUCCCACUGUAGUUCGUGCCUUGGCCUUGGGAUGUUGCAGCGCAAUGGCACGUAUUGGAGCAAUGGUGACGCCUUUUAUAUCACAGGUGCUGCUCAGAGUUUCACUACGUUUGGCAUUAGGUGUUUAUGGUGUGACGUCAUUAGUCUGUGUGGCAUUUACUCUUAUGUUACCGAUUGAAACUACAGGAAGACCCAUGGUGGAAACAUUACAUUGAAGGAAUAUUUGGGAAAAUAGCCAUUUUUUGUUUUGAUUUGUUUUUUACAUAUUUUUGUAAUUGCCAAACCACGAAGUUCAAAGAAGGUCAUAAUUUUCUUUUAUAAUUAUUGGGAAGAAAAAAAAAAUAGGUUUGGUGAUUUUCUUUCUGUGUUUCUCGUUAUGAACUUUAUUAUUGUUAUUAAUGUAUUUUUUGAGGAAGCCGUUACGUGCUUUUUGAUACAAUGUUGUAAGAAAGCUAAAUUUACUUUCGAAUGGUGCUUAAGAGAGCUUCCGUGAUGGUGGAAUCGUUUUUCUGGGGGGGUUCCCCCGGCCUUAAAAUGAAUUUCGGGAGAGGUGCAAAAAGACAUGCAUAUAAAGUCAAAGUUCAAUGUCAAUUUCUCUCAGUUUUUUAUACUUAAAGCACAUAUCUUGUAUAGCAAAAUUAAAAUAUUAAAGUAUAUUAUCUUUCGCAACAUUGUUAAGUUAAGUAUUUAAAAUGCAAUU